AUGGACAUUCAGACAGACCAAAUGGACAUCCAGACAGACCAAAUGGACAUCCAGACCAAAUGGACAUCCAGACAGACCAUCCAGACAGACCAAAUGGACAUCCAGACAGACCAAAUGGACAUCCAGACCAAAUGGACAUCCAGACAGACCAUCCAGACAGACCAAAUGGACAUCCAGACAGACCAAAUGGACAUCCAGACAGACCAAAUGGACAUCCAGACAGACCAAAUGGACAUCCAGAUAGACCAAAUGGACAUCCAGACAGACCAAAUGGACAUUCAGACAGACAGACCAACCAGACAGGCCAAAUGGACAUCCAGACAGACCAAAUGGACAUCCAGACAGACCAAAUGGACAUUCAGACAGACAGACCAACCAGACAGGCCAAAUGGACAUCCAGACAGACCAAAUGGACAUCUAGGCAGACCAAAUGGACAUCCAGACAGACUAAUUGGACAUCCAGACAGACCAAAUGGACAUCCAGAUAGACCAAAUGGACAUUCAGACAGACAGACCAACCAGACAGGCCAAAUGGACAUCCAGACAGUCCAAAUGGACAUCCAGACAGACCAAAUCACAUCCAGACAGACCAAACGGACAUCCAGACAGACCAAAUGA